AUGGCCGGGCUAUUCAGAAAGGUGUAUGAUUGGUUGUUGAGGACGUUUUGGGCGAUGGAAAUGGAAGUGACCAUGGUUGGUCUGCAAAAUGCCGGAAAGACAUCGUUGCUGCGAGUACUGGCUGGUGGAGAGUUUACUCUUGACUCGAUUCCGACCGUCGGGUUCAAUAUGAAGCGUGUGCAACGGGGGCAUGUUACACUAAAAUGCUGGGAUAUUGGUGGGCAGCCGCGCUUUCGCACCAUGUGGGAGCGGUAUUGCCGUGGUGUCAACGCCAUCGUCUUCAUCGUAGACAUUGCGGAUGUAGAGCUCAUCCCCCAGGCCAAGGAGGAGCUUCACUCCCUCAUGGCCCACCCGUCUCUAGGGGGAAUCCCCCUGCUUGUUCUCGGCAACAAGUCUGACCUUCCAGAGAAGCUGUCCGUCGAUGAGCUGAUUGAUGAGCUGGACCUGAAAAGCAUCCAGCACCGUGAGGUCUGCUGUUACGGCAUCAGUGCCAAGCACGAGACAAAUCUCGACGCUGUGGUGCAGUUCCUGGUGAAGUGGGCUGGUCGAUGA